AUGGGUUUCCUGGGUGUGUGGGGGGAGCAGGGUGGGGGUGGAGGGGUGGGUGAGGGAUGGGUUGGAGCGGGGGCUGUCAGCUUUGCAGGCUUGCAUUUGAGAUCUUCUGUUCCAAAAGCAGGAGUGGCUUCAUCUUUUCAGACAACUGGUAGAAUUGAGCCAAGAGGUAAGAUUAUUUUUUGCUCUGAUCGUCUUUCCCGGUGUUACUGUAAUGUUGGAUUUCCUUCAUUACAUAAUGAAGUGGAGGGGACAGUCGGCACAGCGAGGGGAACGGGGGACUGUCCAGUCCUCCGGAAGAGCCAACACCAGGGCGUCUACGCGCACGAAGGAGUUCCAGAAGGGAGGACUAAGGCUGCACCCCCUGACCGGACGCACAGCACUGCUCCACGCCUCCGGGUGGAAGCCCACGAGGGCUUCUUCCGGGGCUUCCUGGCGGGGCCGCGGGCCAGGGCCGCACACAGGACGCACGCGCGGGCGAAGCGUGCGGGGCGGUGCCUGCUCAACGCGCAGCACGUGCCGCCCUGUGGCGCGUAUAAAGGCGGGCGCAGCGCCACAGCCGCCAUGGACGCUCCGGGUUGCCGAGCCUGGACGAUGACCUCUUCAGAAAACAAUCUUGACAGCAAUAACGGCCGACCCUUUGUGGUGCACACCGUGGCCCAGCAGCCUUACCCAAGCUUCUGGUACCAGAAUCCUGCCUAUAAUCCGUUCUGCGUUCCCGGCGCAGGGUCCAGAAAUGGAAGCCUGUAUUUCCCAUGUUCAGUGGUGCCCAGUGAGUAUCCCAGCUUCCUCGUACCUCAAUCCCCGUUGCCCACUACACUUAACCGCAGACCAGGAUUCCCUAUGUGUUAUCAUCCAGCACAGUUCUGGCACUACAGUGGCUAUGCAAGAAAAAUGAAAACACAAGAGACUCAAACUGAACUUCAGCAGGAACAGCACAAUGGGAUUUCACAGAAUUCAUGUGAAAGUCUGGGUGUGCCCAAUAACCCUCAGGAGGGUGAAGAUCUUAUAUAAAGGUGAACAAAUCGCUGUCGGGUCAAAGCAGUGUCAGGAUGUAAGACAUGAUGAGAUGUUAAAGUCAGGGUUAACCAUGGAGACGGAUAAAGAAAAGAAGGGACAUGUAGCUGUUCCCCAAAUCCUGCCACCUCCAGAUGAAGUGAAAGACGGAGUUGAGAUCCAU